ACAAAUCGCGAAACGGGCAGGACGAGCUGCGCUGAAAGUCGAACGGCACGCGUUGUUAUCCUUGGUUAUUUGUGUUUCGAAUACCCAUCAAUUUGCAUUUUUUGUUUGGCUAACAUGCCUGGCCUGAAGGAGGAAUUGCACCCCAUGCUUAGUAGAACCUUUAGCCAGCCAGGUCAACAUGUUCUGGACGGCGGUAGCCUCCUCGACGCUCUCGUCCAACAGCGCCGAGAGCUCGGCGGGAUUGGCCAGCGCGGCCCCAAGCUACCAGCAGCAGCACACGAAGCCAUCGCCGCUGAGAGCCUCCGCCAGCAGCUGGCAGCUUAGCAAUGCAGCAUUCAAAUCGCGUCUGCAACAGCAACAGCUACUGCAGCAACACCAGCAACAGAUACAGCAGCAACACGAACAGCAGCAGCAGCAACAGCAGAAGCAGUCCGAGGACUCGGUGCAAUCCCAGCAGGAAGGGCAGCCAAAUAAGGAGCAAAAACAGGCUGUGGGGCAGCAGAAGAACAAGCUACAAACAGCGAACAUCAAAAAGAAAAUGAGUCCGAGGAGUGAGAGUAAAAUAUUCAAAGCUUUCACCUCCUGCAAGUGCACCCAGAAGUAA